AUGGAUUCAUUCUCCUCGCCGUCUGUUGGAUCGUCGCCAAAAUUCUCAACUGAGGAUUUGAUGGGUCAGCUUAAAGUACAGCUUGCCCAGGCUUACGCUGAGGAAUUCCUUGAGACCGUGCGAGGAAAGUGCUUUGAGAAGUGCAUCACCAAACCUGGCAGUAGCCUAAGUGGGAGUGAGAGCAGUUGUAUCUCCAGUUCUGUGGAGUUUGGAUAUGGCAUAGCCGCCAUUAACUUGUGUCCCCUGUUGGAUUGCUCUCUACAGAAGCAGAAUCUUUAUGAUAUAGGAGCACAUUUUGUCGCCGCAGCAUGA